AUGUCUCUCAAAGAGGUGUUGUUUUUGGACGACGAUGAUGAUACAGCCAUCUGGGGAUUCCCCAGCUUGCUUUCAGGGUGUCCUGUCAUCGAGCAUUUGUCGAUUGAUACAUGUAAACUAGGCUACUCUACCUGGCGGCUUGAAAUUUCAAGUGACAGUCUGAAAUCCUUGAAAAUCAUGCAUUGUCAUUCUUCCGAUAUCUACGUUACUGCCAAGAGUCUAGAGGCUUUUACAUACUAUUCAGAUUGUACUUGUCGUUACCAUAAGAAAAUGUACUUGUGGGAAUGUGACAGCUUGAACCACUUGGACAUCUUUUGUAAAGGGCUGAAACUGCUUCUUAUGCAUAAUUGCCUAGAAACUAUGGAGAAUUCGUUUUGCACUCCAAAUCUGGAUGCUUUUGAGUAUAGUGGAUAUCUGAAGACCAAGGUCCGUUUUGUGGAAGCUCCGUUGAAUUUUGUAAAGGCUACAAUACGAGUUUGGGAGACGGAAUGGCCCACAAAAUUUUAUUCUGCUAUGAGAGAUUUUCUUGAAAGUUUCGAUUGCUCUAAAAGAGUGAAGAUACACAUUACAGAGCCAGAGGGUGUGUUAAUACCUGAAAAUCGCAGAGCGGAAUGGACUCCCCCAUUACCUGGUAUCAAGCAGCUGCAGCUAUACUUUCCUGCUCCAGUGGGGGACAUUGAGUAUUGUAUGAGACCUUCACUGAUUUGGAUGGCACCAUCUGCUGAAAUUCUACCAUUUCUAAUUCACGAUGACGAUGAUGAAUAUGAUACUUAUGACGAUGAUGAUGAUGAUGACAAUGUUGCUGAUGUGGAUAAUGACAAUGAUGAUGACUUUGGCGAUAAUGCUGAUAAUAUUGCUGACGAGGAUAAUGACAUUAAUUACAUCGACAAUGUCGAUGAGGACCACGACUAAAUUAAUAUGGGUAAAGGGCAAUUAAGAGUUCAAGUUCCAGUCUUUGUCCUUGGACUUCAUCCAUUGCAAAGCUCAGCAAAUUGAAGUUUAUUCUCUGAUCUCAGUUUUUUGCAGACCAUUGUGUAAUGGUAGUGGAGGGGGAGCAGCAGUGUGGCAUAUUAUUGAAGAUGGAAGGUAACUCGGGUUUUUGAUUUGGGGU